UUUCUCACGUCACACAAGCUUGCAGGCAAGAUGGCGCUCGGAAAGCUGUGAGAUGUGAAAACAGAAUGACUGUUUGAAGAGCUUCUGUCGAUGCAUUAAGGUUUUGUAGGUGAAGAAAAAGAAGUUGGAAAUGGAAUUGCCAAAUCAUGCCAAACAAUUGCUGCUGCAGCUAAACCAACAAAGAGCCAAAGGUUAUCUGUGUGAUGUGAUCAUAGUUGUAGAAAAUGCCCUUUUUCGAGCACACAAGAACAUUCUUGCAGCCAGCAGUAUCUACUUCAAGUCCCUUAUCCUUCAUGACAACUUGAUUAACCUCGAUACGGACAUGGUCAACCCGUCGGUAUUCCGGCAGGUUCUGGAUUUCAUUUACACUGGCAAGCUUUUGUCAUCUGAUCAGUUCAGUGACCACAAUUUCAACGCUCUUCUAACAGCAGCAAGCUACCUCCAACUUCACGACUUGGCUGCUCUCUGCAGGAAGAAACUCAAGCGCAAUGGGAGAUCCCUCCUUAAUAAACCAACCACCCCUACCAAUGGAAGAACUUCUAGGAACCAAAGGCUGUCCUCUACACCUGUAACUCCAAACCAAAUGUCAGGGUUAAAAGACAGUGAGAAGACAAAGAGGCACGAGGAGCUUAUCAAAGAUGACUUGUCAGAGGACGAGAUGUUUGCGAGAAACACCCACUGUACAACUUCAAAUUCGCUCAGUCCCUCUACGAGUAAGAACGGAAGCAACGGCAGUUGUGGCAUGCAGGAACUUGGUUUAGACCUUUCCAAGAAAAGCCCCUCAGGGAGCACAGCCACUGAAGAAGUAAGUCCCAGCAGCAUCCCACAAGAAUCACCUCAGUCUGCCUCAGAAUCCACAGCCAACAGUGCCUCAUUUGAUGAGAACCCCAACACGCAGAACCUCACCGCUGGAGAGCCCAUGGAGCUGGGCGUAGGAGAAUGUGAAGAGAGCCAACCACCUCCAGACGUCGACCAGCAUAAAAGCUCCCGGCAGGUUACCCGGCAGAGGCGGCAGCCCAAGAGCGAAGGCAAAAAGGGUGAAGACAUGGAACGAGUAACUUUACCAAACGGAGUCUCCAAAAGAUUGAAAGUGGCUGGAGAGAGGCUCCCUGCUGGUGGGAACGGCAACUCCGAAGUAUCCUUCCAGUGUAAAGAUGAAGAGGAAGGCUUGGAGAAUGGACAGGAGCAGAGUGAAGAGAGUGGACAGAGCGAGAACGAAGGUGGGCGGAAUAGCGCCAAUUACGUGUACCGCCAGGAAGGUUUUGAGCCCGCCCUUGGCGACAACCUUUACGUUUGCAUCCCCUGUGGUAAAGGCUUCCCGAGCUCCGAGGAGCUGAAUGCCCACGUGGAGACCCACACAGAGGAGGAGUUGUAUAUCAAAGAGGAGGAUGAUGAUUCUUAUCCAAAGGAAGAUGAAGUAGAAGCGGAAGACUUGUCUUCACAAAUAACCCAAGUCCAUGGCACCGAGACGCGUCGCUUCAGCUGCUCGGUCUGCAACAAGAGCUACAAAGAUCCGGCCACUCUUCGUCAACAUGAGAAGACGCACUGGCUCACCCGUCCCUUCCCCUGUAACAUCUGCGGCAAGAUGUUCACCCAACGUGGCACCAUGACACGCCACAUGCGCAGCCACCUGGGGCUGAAGCCCUUUGCCUGCGAGGAAUGCGGCAUGCGCUUUACUCGCCAAUACCGGCUCACAGAGCACAUGCGGGUUCACUCAGGUGAGAAGCCGUACGAAUGUCAGCUUUGUGGGGGCAAAUUUACCCAGCAGCGUAACCUCAUUAGCCACCUACGAAUGCAUACCUCCCCAUCAUAAGCCAAAGACACCUUGAACAGGAGACCCUCAGCAAAAAGAGUCAAUGCACACCUCUUCCAUUUGAAGUACACAGCAAGGAGCCAAUAACCCAAAGCAGGAUCCUCAUCUGCUGUAAAGUGUAGGAGGAGCCUUUCAGACAGAGAGCCCCAACAAUGGAAAGAAUUAACCGAUUGGUAUGAGUUUAUGGGUUAUGAUUUUGUUUUCUUUUUGAAUGUUGCUGUGAAUGUAUAACUGGGGUACUAAUUUUAUAUAUAUAUUUUUGGUUUCCUGGGAUAUUGUGACCACUCCCAA